GAGUUUCUCCCUUUGAGCCACUGAUGAUGAUUAAGGCACCUCGGAGUUACAUCUUGUAUUUGCGUGUCCCCUUCUUAUUGUAGCCAGCCAGGAGUUUACAGAGAAGCAGUUUGAGAGAGCCCUUGCGUUCAUUUCCUCAAAUGAGUCAACAGAAUAUGGUAAUUGGAACACCAGUGCCCACAGAUCUCCCGGUAAAGCGGAAGCGUGGCCGUCCGCGCAAGGAUGAAAAUCUUGUCAAGAAAGAUAAUCCACUACUACAUGUAGCUCCUGCACCUGAUGUCAUUGACAAAACUCAGGAGACUCAACUUAAUCAGUGUAAAGAUGUUGAUGACAGCAUGGUUGGUACAGUAGUUUCUGGUGUUAUCGAUGCGUGUUUUGAGUCUGGAUAUCUUCUUUCUGUCAAGAUUGGCAAUAGCAGCACUCUUCUGCGUGGUGUUGUGUUUCAACCAGGGAAAGUUAGUCCGGUUACACCAAUCAAUGAUAUCGCUCCUAAUGCCAAGAUGUACAAACGACAAGAUAUACCUAUCCCGGUCGUCAACACACCAAGCCAGGCUAAUGGCUCUGUCUCUCGGUCAGUACAGGUUGAGAACCCUGUUCCGCUAGAGAAACUACCUGUUGCUCCUAACCAAGUGUUACCUCCUGUGAUGCAGUCAACUGUGCCAUUUGCAUUAGGGAACUCGUCUUCUGUUGUUUUUCCUCUCAACAAUAUGCCAAAGAACGUUGCUGGCGCUUCUUUGCCAGGAAACGCUACAACUAAUCAGAAUUCAGAUCUGCAAUUCGUUAAUGUAUCUUCGUCGGUUGCAGUGCCAUUUGACAUGUCAAAGACAGAUGCUGAGAUAUCCAUGUCAGGUGUGAGCGUUAUGCCUCAGCAGAUUUCAGAUCUUAAAUUUGAAAACCCUGCCUCGCGUAUAGUUCCUCUGCCCAACAUAGUAAAUGAUGUGUCAAACGUUUCACUGGAUGUUGAAAAAGUAGCAUUGCAGCAAACUCCAGUGUUUGGAUUUGAGAGUCAGUCUCCUCACUUGUUAAAGAAUCUUAAAAUGGUUGAACAGGAUGAAGUAAUGCAGGUUUUUGAAGCUCCCGCGUCUGAACCAAUGGACGGUAUCUUCCCUGGUAAUAAAACAAGUAACCAGUUGCCUCCUAUCCAAAAUCAGACUGUUGAAUCUGAAGUGGAGCUCCACCAGACUUCCUCCGGUGGUGAAUCACAAUUUUUACUUUCAGAACCACAAACAGACUCUGAACCAUGCCCAACUGAGCCAGUUCACAAUGAUUUAAACAACUCACAUAAUGAGAUCCAUCAGAAUAACGUUGUUACUGAUUCUCUAUCGAUGCCUAUGGAAUCUGAAUAUGUGGACUCCGGACUCAAGUCAAGUGAGCCCAUCCAAGACAAAGUAGCUGACUCAAAUCUCAAUCUCAAUGAAGCAACUGUAGUUGAACCUGAAUCUGAGACCACGGAACCAAAAAGUGUGCCCAUGGAUAUAGUAACAGAGACGCCAGUAUCACCAACCAAAAGUAAUCCUCAUUAUGAAAAGCAGGAGCCAACAGAAAAGGAUUUGACCAAGUACGAGGCGUCUCAUAAUGGCAAACAGGUAAGUGAUGUUGCUGAUACUACUGAAGCAGGUUCACACCCGACACCGAGGACAGAAGCAGCUCUUCCGGUUAAACCAGCUGAAGAAUCUGACAUGGAUUUCGCUCUUGGUGAUACCAUUCCACCUGCUCAAUCUCAAUGCUGAGGUGGCAAUGUUCCUGAACUGUCGCGGCCGUAGGCGAUUGACCAUACUAAAUAAAUGGAAUAAGGGCUUCAUGGUAGAGCUGACAAAUUCUAUUUUAUGACUACCAGGCUAAAUCGUAAGCUUUAGGAUUUCAUUUGCAUUUUCAAGAUUUGGUAUUCAAUUUUUUUUCUUUUUAAGUCUGGACGGUCUUGUAUGGAGAUAUUCCCCAUGUAAUUUUUCUAUAAUCAGAAACUUUGUUUCCUUGACCCUUUUAAGGUACUUUUUUGAUC